CAACGCAACCAGAACGUAGCAAAGCUUCACUCGGUGCGGUCGUGUAACAUCCCACUUCCCAACAAAACAGCAGAAGUAAAGGCAGAAAGGGCACUAUCAGAAGAAAAACCGUGCGUUUGUGUAAGGCUGUUUCCUGUGAAUUUGAAUCAGUUUGAAGUUGAAGAAAACGCGAUUUCCGGAGACGGCAAGCUCCGCGGCGAAGUGGCGGUAUCAGGGCAGUAGUGUGCUUCCGCAGUUGUUAGAAAUCGAUUAACUGCGACUGAGGGUGACACCAUUGGAAGGGCAUCCGGGGACGCGGGUGCAACAACUAAUCGAACCGUUUUGUAUAGGUUUGUGGAAACAGGUGCUAAAACGCUUCAGUUGUCAACGGAGGAAAACGUGGGUGCUAGUCGAACAGUACAAUCGGUGAAGGUGAAGACGGUGGAGCAGCGGAACAGUGCACAUAACACAGAAGCACACUCGUUGCGAAUUGCUUUAAGGUGCAGAAGAAAGUUUGAGUGUUGAGAAAGAUAUCGCUUUCGCCGAGAGCCAAAAUUUUGUAACAUUUUAUAAGCGACGUCAUUUCAAGUGAAAUUCGUGACGAGAGGAGUCUGUUUAGCAAAAGAUAUCGAGAGUUUAGUUUUCUAAUCAUAGCACUUUUUAUCGAGAUAACCUAAAUCUAGUUAAAGUUGAAGUCAGUGUCUAGCGAUUAAGAGAGUUUUAUCUAGUUAAAGUUAAUUCGCAUCUCUGUAAGAAAAAAAUCUCCAUGUAGACCUGUUUGUAUAAUACGAAGUGAAAGGCUUGGAUAAAUCAAAACGGUGAAGCAACUGAUCCAAUGCUGAAGUUGAACUGCUACUAGUUGAAUCCAAAGAAGAAUUAUCGAAAACAAACUGACCGACGAGCGGUUGAAAUUAGUGCGUGAGUGAAGGUUUACCUUGAACCGUUUCUUAAAUGGGUGAUUUUAUGUACGGGGGUUCGAUCCUGUCGAAUGAUUCGUGCAUUUCCAGCCAGUCGCUGCUCGACACGUUGAGUAUUAAUAAUCUGCUGAACAUCAAGCACCUGUCCAACGGAGCAGGUGGCAGCUCGGCAGGCGGUGGUCUCAGUCCCUCGGCUUCGGAACCAUCAUCAAAUAUAAUCAGCUCCAGCUCGGACUCCAUCGUCGACAACAACAAUUCGUCGAGUGGCGGGUGUAAAUCAAACAAGAAGUCAGUAAUGCCCACGACGACCAGCAUGGCUUCAAGCGGAGGUGGUGUUGUUGACGAGUCCGGACUAUUGAUUGCUCACUCACAAAUCGCGUCUAGCAAUUCCGCUGUUACCAUUCCAACCAUAACCACAGCCAUUUCUUCAGAAUGCUCACUCACGGCCUCCAGCGUCAACACUCUAUCACUCCAGUUGAACGCGGGCCAGUCUGAUGACGACACAUCAACCUCCUCAUUACUGAACGGCGGAGGCUCUGGGGCUUCACCAAUCGCUUCCCUCAACAGUCACAACAAUAAUAACAAUCCCAACGCCACAAACAACAAUCUCCUGAUGGAAAAUUCCGACCUGCAUCUUCCCAGGGCUGCCGAAGAACUCAGUCUCAAAGGGGCCGAUCUGAGCUGCCUAAGCGUGACUUCCAGCCUCAUGAACGGCGGAUCGUCUUCGCACAUGAUACUUCCACCGAACGGCUUAAACUUCGGAACCACUCCAGAUCACAGCCCGUGGUCGACCAGCAUCGACGACCCGACCACCGCCGCCAGCUCGCAUCUCUCCAUCAACGGCCUCGGUGGAUUCCAGAAUUAUUCCAACAAUCACUUGUACAACGGUGCGGCCGUCGCUGCAGCAGCAGCCGCCGCCGCUGCCCAGCAACAACGUCGUGCCAUCACGGCUUCCCACGGAGGGUUCCCCCAUCACGGGCUCUCCCCCAACAAUCCCCAAAAUCACAUGCUCCAGCACCAUUCCACUGGAAAUGCUCAACCCCAACAGGCCCAGCAGUCCCAAUUCAAGAACUCCUACCCAACCUGGUCCAACCCUGCCCCGACCCCAUGGUCCCAGCAGCAGCCACCCCAAAAUCCCAACAACCCCAUGAGCUCCUGGAACCGUGGCCGCUCGGUUCCCAACAUGAACCUUGGCAACGGCCUCACCAACCCACUGCACCCACGCAAACCACACAACCCGAACACCCAGCAAUCCCUCUCCGCCUAUUCCAAUCACCUUCAUCAGUCCCAGCAGCCCCACCUCCAGCAGUCCCUCGCCUCGAACCUAAUCAACUCCCCCUCCAAGUACCGUCGCAGCACUUCCUAUCCGUCGGGCAAAUCCGGUCUGUCCAACUCGGGCAACAACGUCGGAGGUGGAUUCGGUGCCGGUCCGCUGGAUUGCAUCCCGUCGCUGGACGACAGCCGUGACCCGUUCCUGUCCUCGUACCAGGACCGCACCGGAUUAAACAAUGGAUUAGACAUGCGUUCGCUCGAGCACUGCCUCAGUGAUAUAAUGCGAAAUGUUGGAGAGGCCUCCCAGCCGGAUCAUUUGAAAGGAUUUCUCAACUGCAAUACGAACACGCUUCAAUCGUUAGCUCAACUACACGGAAAACUCGACUUUCACGAAUUCAUACCAGGCAAACCAUUCUUCUCCGGGCUUGACGAGCACAUCUCGGACGAGGCCGGGGGCUUUAUUGGCGGCGGUGGCGGCGGCGGCAACAACAGUGGCAAUAACCACCUGCACUCGCAUCAACAUCACCAGCACCACCACCAUCACCACCAGCUGACGGCACUCGGCGGAUCUCCGGCGCGCUCGUCACCCCACUCGAACGGUUCCGAGUCGACGGAACGCUUCAGCCGGAAGGUGUUCGUCGGUGGGCUGCCCCCGGACAUCGAUGAAGAGGAAAUCACCACGUCAUUCAACCAAUACGGAGCGCUCGUCGUCGAUUGGCCCCACAAAGCCGAAUCCAAGUCGUACUUCCCACCCAAAGGAUACGCGUUCCUGUUGUUCCAGGAGGAGCGCGGCGUGCAGAAACUGAUCGAAACAUGCCACCCGGAGGAUGACAAACUGUACAUUACGGUGUCGUCGCCGACCAUCAAGAACAAAGCGGUCCAGAUACGACCGUGGCGCCUGGCCGAUGCCGACUACGUGCUGGAUGCCUCGAUGCCGCUGGAUCCCCGCAAAACGGUGUUCGUGGGCGGCGUUCCGAGACCGCUGAAAGCAUAUGAACUCGCCAUGAUCAUGGACCGUCUCUAUGGAGGCGUUUGCUAUGCUGGUAUCGACACGGAUCCCGAACUCAAGUAUCCAAAGGGUGCCGGUCGUGUGGCGUUCUCCAACCAACAAAGCUACAUCGCCGCCAUCUCCGCACGUUUCGUUCAGCUCCAGCACGGCGACAUCGACAAACGCGUUGAAGUGAAACCGUACGUCUUGGACGAUCAGAUGUGCGACGAGUGCCAAGGUCAACGCUGUGGCGGCAAAUUUGCGCCGUUUUUCUGCGCCAACGUUACCUGUCUACAGUAUUACUGCGAACACUGCUGGGCUCACAUCCACUCGCGAUCCGGACGCGAGUACCACAAGCCCCUCGUCAAGGAGGGUGCGGACCGGCCCCGGGCAGUGCCCUUUCGCUGGUGUUAACGCCAACCACCACGAUCAAU